UAAGCCCAGGAACCACUGGUGGGCCUUGGAUGGGUUUGGGGAAUAACAUAUUUGUAUCCUUCCCAUGCUACUGAAGUGGGUAUUAGGCAGUGGGCCAACACUGCCAGCAAGACUGAGCAGAGCUGAGAAAUGGACAGUUUGCCUUCUAGCAGCCCAUCCACAGAGAGAGGGGUCAUCUGGCAUCGUUAGAUCUGUGGAGGAGCACCAGUCACUGUUGAGAUGCUGCCCACCACCCAGGGAUGGGGGAGAGAUCCGCUGGCUUCCCCCUCUUCCCACCCUUCCCACCCCAGUGCCUCUCACUGGCUGAACCUAGGCAGAAGCCUGGGAGCCUGGAAAACAAUUUGUGGCAUCAAAUUUCACCCAACAUCAUGGCGCAGGCCUAAGCAGAGCAAGAAUGAGUGGAUCUGAGCGAGCAGGCAAAUGACUGGCAUGUUCCCUUAAUUCCACUUGAGCUGUGCAGUUAAUUACUAACCAUUCUAGAAUGUUUGUGAUACUGGGAAAUUCUUUAAUCUCCCUCAUCUAGAAAAGGCCUCCUUUUUCUUCAAGACCAGCUGAGAUUCUUCUCUGUGAAGUCAGCACAGACACCCAGAAAUUGUUAGCUAGCCCCCAACGUCGGCUGUACCAGCUCUUUGUCUAGAUCUCGGUUUGUGGUACUUGCUACUGGGAUAUUGUAAUUCAUCAUUUUUGUGCCUUAUUUCUUCUGUCCUUGGAGGGCCCCAAGGGCAGAUGCAACAUCACAGCCUCUGCAUUCUCAGGACCUAACCCAGGAUCAUUGCAGGGAUGUGCAGAUGAGUGGGCUGUGGGGGUGUCCUGCCCAAGCUUUCAUAAAUGCUUGAGUUAGCAACUCUUCAGUAGGAUACCACACUGUACAUCCCAUUGAUGGCAGGAAUAAGAAUGCCACUGACUGCAGAAAGACGAUAUAUAAGAAUGGCUUAUUCAGAAGAGCAUAGAGGUGAGCCCUGUGGUUUCAUCCGCCAGAAUUCCGGCAACUCCAUUUCCUUGGACUUUGAGCCCAAUAUAGAGUACCGGUUUGUGGAGCCGUUGGAAGAACGCUACAAAUGUGCCUUCUGCCACUCGGUGCUUCACAACCCCCACCAGACGGGAUGUGGGCACCGCUUCUGCCAGCACUGCAUCCUGUCCCUGAGAGAAUUAAACACAGUGCCAAUUUGCCCUGUAGAUAAGGAGGUCAUCAAAUCUCAGGAGGUUUUUAAAGACAAUUGCUGCAAAAGAGAAGUCCUCAACUUAUAUGUAUAUUGCAGCAAUGCUCCUGGAUGUAAUGCGAAGCUUAUUCUGGGCCGGUACCAGGAUCACCUUCAGCAGUGCUUAUUUCAAGCUGUGCAGUGUUCUAAUGAGAACUGCCAGGAACCAGUCCUACGAAAAGACAUGAAAGAGCAUUUGAGUACAUACUGUCAGUUUCGAGAGGAAAAAUGUGUUUACUGCAAAAAGGAUGUGGUAGUCAUCAAUCUACAGAAUCAUGAGGAAAACUUGUGUCCUGAAUACCCGGUAGUUUGUCCCAACAAUUGUUCGAAGAUUAUUCUAAAAACGGAGGUGGAUGAACACCUGGCUGUAUGUCCUGAAGCUGAGCAAGACUGUCCUUUUAAGCACUAUGGCUGUGCUGUAAUGGAUAAACGGAGGAACCUGCAGGAACAUGAGCAGUCAGCCUUACGGGAGCACAUGCGUUUGGUUUUAGAAAAGAACGUCCAAUUAGAAGAACAGAUUUCUGACCUAUACAAGAGCCUAGGACAGAAAGAAAGUAAAAUCCAGAAGCUAGAAGAAACUAUAAGUAAAAUUGAAAAGGAGUUCAAGCAGCAUACACAGUUCUUUGGCAGAAAUGGAAGCUUCCUCUCAAACAUCCAGGUUUUUGCCAGUCACAUUGACAAGUCGGCUUGGCUAGAAGCUCAAAUGCAUCAAUUAUCACAAACGGUUAAACAGCAACAAAAUAAAUUUGACCUGAGGCCUUUGAUGGAAGCACUUGAUACAGUGAAACAGAAAAUUACCCUGCUAGAAAACAAUGAUCAACGAUUAGCUGUUUUAGAAGAGGAAACUAACAAACAUGAUACCCACAUUAAUAUUCAUAAAGCACAGCUGAAUAAAAAUGAAGAGCGAUUUAAAUUGCUGGAGGGUACUUGCUAUAAUGGAAAGCUCAUUUGGAAGGUGACAGAUUACAAGAUGAAGAAGAGAGAGGCGGUGGACGGGCACACAGUGUCCAUCUUCAGCCAGUCCUUCUACACCAGCCGCUGUGGCUACCGGCUGUGUGCUAGAGCAUACCUGAAUGGGGAUGGGUCUGGGAAGGGGACACACCUGUCCCUGUACUUUGUGGUCAUGCGAGGAGAGUUUGACUCAUUGUUGCAGUGGCCAUUCAGGCAGAGGGUGACCCUGAUGCUUCUGGACCAGAGUGGCAAAAAGAACCACAUUAUGGAGACCUUCAAGGCUGACCCCAACAGCAGCAGCUUUAAAAGACCUGAUGGGGAGAUGAACAUUGCAUCUGGCUGUCCCCGCUUUGUGGCUCAUUCUGUUUUGGAGAAUGCCAAGAACACCUACAUUAAAGAUGACACUCUGUUCUUGAAAGUGGCCGUGGACUUAACUGACCUGGAGGAUCUCUAGUCACUGUUUUUGGGGUGAUAAGAGGAAUUCUUGGGGCCAGAACCAUGGAGGAGAGCACAUUUGACUAUCAUAUUGACCUGGAUUUAGACGCAAAGCACAUUUGUAUUUGCCUUUUUCCUUUAAUGUUUGAAGUCAGUUUAAAACUUCUGAAGUGCUGUCUUUUUACAUUUUACUCUGUCCCAGUUUGAAACUUAAAACACCUAGAAUAUCCUAUUAUUUAUAUUUUUAUAUUUCUUGAAAGAUGGUAAGUUUCUUGAACUCUUCAGGGCGUUUCUCUUUUACUGGUGCUUAGCACAGUGUCUCAGGCACUCUAAAUAUUGAAUGUUAUGGAGGACACAGAGGCAGCAGAAUUCCCAGUUGAAAUGCUUUGAUAUUUUAUUGUUUGGCCUGUUGAUUCUGGACCUGGCCUUAAGCCUGCAAAAGCCAUCUUUAUAAAGAUAAGGUAGGCUGUUCCAGUUACAAAGACAACAUGCUCAGUUUCUUUUUUUUUCCAGUUAAAUGCUAAAUAUGUGGAAAUUACUAUACCUCUAAGUAUUUUUAUGAAAUUCAUUAGCAGUUUGCAAGCACAAUUUUUCAAGGCUACAUAAGAACUGGUGAAUGGAGUAAGGAUUUACAUUCUCCCUGCUGAAGUGAAGCAGAAAGUACUGCUUAGUAAUAUAUAAGACAUAACCCGCCAGCUACAGUUCAGAUUUCAUUAGGUUCAACCCUAUGAAAAAAACUAAUUUCAUAGGUCAAACGUGGAAAAAAAUGAGCAGUUUCACAAGAUUCAAUCAAAUAAAUAUAUAUGUACAUAUAUAUACACACAUAUAUAUAUAUACAUGUCCACCUAUAUGUGUAUGUAUAUAAACAGUUUGAAUGUAUUUUGAUAACAAUAAAUCAAUGUGAAGAUGGAUAGAAUUUAGUACAUGACAGAGAAAAUGUCGUAAAUGGAUAAAAGGAAUUUACAACUUGGGUACAAAACCUUUACAGUUUCCUGUGGGUGUCAGAAGUACUCUGAGCCAAGGCUGAUGGCUAAAACAGUAUCUCCUAUUCUCUGAGAACUUUCUUUUUUGAGUCAAAGUCUCGUUCUGUCACCUAGGCUGGAAUGCAAUGGCACAAUCUCAGCUCGCUGCAACCUCCACUUCCUGGGUUCAAGUGAUUUUCCUGCCUCAGCCUCCUGAGUAGCUGGGAUUACAGGUGUCCACCACCACACCUGGUUGUACUCUUAGUAGAGACGGGGUUUCGCCAUGUUGGCCAAGAUGGUUUCAAACUCCUGACCUCAAGUGAUCCGUUGCCUCAGCCUCCCAAAGUGCUGAGAUUACAGGCACGGCCCAUCGCGCCCAGCCUCUGAGAACUUUUGAAUUUGUAAGCUGCUAUGCAAAUGGGCAUUUAUAUAAACUUGUAAUAUUUCUUGUCAGAAUUCUAAGUACUUUGUGAAGAACAGAAAUGAUCAUGUUUUUAUACAUCUAUCUGUAUGGGUCUGAAGGUGUAUAUACAAAUUGAGAUGAGUCCGUAUGACUCUUGAUGAGCCUGAGUUUGACCACAAAAAAAUGCCAAGUUGCCUUGAGCCCUUCUGCAUUGUUAUGCCACUUCCUACUGCUCAUAUACAGGCUGGCUCCCCUGGACACGCAAGGAUGAGUAUGGUCCAUGGGCCCCUGCAGAGCUGCUCACCUGGUGAUGACCAUGCACCUUACAAUUUCUGAACAGUUAGCCCUAUAGAAGAAGCAUGAGUUCUGUGAGUGUCUUCUGGGAAGAAGAACCUUCUUAAUCUUUUCUGUGGGAUUUUCAAAAUGCUAAAGACUCAUACUGCAGCAAUCAUCCCAGAUGAUUAAACUCAAAGAAAUCGGUUCACAUUAGGAAUAUAGUAAAGAACCAGAGUGUCGCUUCUGGUGAACUGUGGCACAGUUGAUGCUCAACACAUCACCGGAGACAAACUCAGGAAACAUUUCUGUAGCCCACACAGCCAGAACCAGGCGCUCUGUGUGUUUGUUUUUAAUGUUCUUCAUCAUAUCCAAGUUCACUCUAUCUUCCUGGGCAGUAGAAGAUCACAUUGUUCUAACUUCUUUUAAGUAGUUGACGUGGAAAACAUUUUAAAGUGAAUUUGUCAAAAUGCUGGUUUUGUGUUUUAUCCAGCUUUUGUGCAUGUAUAGAAAGUAUGGCAUGGCAUGGCUUGCCUAGGAGUUCAGAGUUCCUUCAUCAUUGAAAUAGUGAUAAGGAUCCCAGAACAAGGAGUUCUACAGCAAAAAACACCCUUUUUCAAAAGAGUUGUGAUUUUUGUUUAAAACAAGGUAUAUCCAUGUAAACUAUUUUUCCUUUUUUUAUGAAUGAAACAGUAAUUUUUCUUCUGUAUCAAUAAGAUUUAAAUUUUUAUUUCCA